AUGCCCAAGAACCUAAGCAAGUCAAGGCUGAGCAUCAAGGCUGUGCUCAGCAGAAACCCUGAGACAGUCCCACAAUUUGUAGACAGGACCUCAUGUUGCAGCAAGGCUGACAAACUUGCUGAGAUGCAGAAGUACCUCCUUGGAUCAUUGCAAAAUGUCUCCAGGGUUGGUACCUACUCCAACUGGUGGUUAGCCUCAGUGUACAAGAAUGGCUACUCACAUCCAGAUACCAUCUUCCUUGCAUACAUGUUCACCAAUGUCCUGGAUGGAGCUAAGACAGGCAUCACUGUCUCAAGCAAGGUCUUUGAGGAGCACAGGAAAGCGUUCAGUUCUCUUCCACUGGACCCUCAGCCAGAGACCAUCAAGGGGCAGGAACGAAGCUCCUCCACUGUAAGCUCACACCACCUGCUGCCCCACCUGCUGCCCCACCUGCUGCCGAAGCUGCUGCCGAAGCUGCUGCCGAAGCUGCUGCCGAAGCUGCUGCCGAAGCUGCUGCCGAAGCUGCUGCUGAAGCUGCUGCCCCACCUGCUGCCCAAGCUGCUGCCCAAGCUGCUGCCUUGUUGUCCUGGACUGUUGACUGGCAGGAGGCGGCUUGUGUCCUGUUGCUGA